CACGCGCACCAGCGCCGCGCCGCGCCGCGCCGCGCCGCAGUCGCUUCCUGUCGGUGCCCAGGUCACAGCUGUCCCUCGUUCCCAGUCUCUGGCCUCUGGCGGGCGAGGAUUCCCGGCCUGCGGCCUGGGCCGGAGGAGUCUGGAGGGCGGCGGUGCAGGGGCGGCGGAGCCCGGGCCGACCGGCUUCAGCACGCGGCACACUGAGGCCCCCGAAGGCCGAUUUGGGCUCCGGGAGGGAGUUCGCCUGAAGGGAGCCUGUGUUGUAGGCCCAGAACCGGCCCUUCGGGCCCAGCGGCCUCCAGAGGCGGAGAGGAGGAACCCAGGGAAAGGAGCUCGCCGGAGGGGCAGCCCCUGGCCCGGAGCCUCGGGAGCUCGGGGCGGGUCAGCGAGUCCCAGGGGGUCCACUUGAUAGCUUAUGCUUUACCAAGAGCAGCAGAAAAUGAAUGAACCCCAGGAGCCAGUGUCAUUCAAGGAUGUGGCUGUGGAUUUCACCCAGGAGGAGUGGCUGCAGUUGGAUGCUGAUGAGAAGACCACCUACCGGGACGUGAUGCUAGAGAACUACAGCCACCUGGUCUCUGUGGGGUACGACAGCACCAAACCCAACGUGAUCAUCAGGUUGGAGCAAGGGGAGGAGCCUUGGGUGGCAGACAGUGAACUCCCUCAGCAAUGUCAUCCAGAAGAAGUCUGGAAAGUUGAUGACCUGAUAGAGAUAAUCCAAGAACAUGAAGACGAAUGUUCAAACCAAGCUGUUUCUAUCAACAGCAGAACCCCGAUUGAAGAAAAAGAGAAUGCGUUUGAUAAAAUGUAUAGCAUGGAAACAGGCCUUGUUCCUUCAAGCAUAUUCUCUCAUAAUUGUGUCUCAUGUGGAAAGACUUUGGAAUCUGCUUCAGAAUUAAUUAUUAGUGAUGGAAGCUAUGCAAGAAAGAAACCUAAUGAGUGUAGUGAAUGUGGGAAAACAUAUGAUGGAGGGAAACUCUAUGAAUUUCAUCAAAAUGGGGAAACCUGUUCUCAGAAUGAAGAAAGUAUUCAGAAAAUUAAUAUUUUGGAGAAACCCUUUGAAUAUAAUGAAUGCACAGAAGCCUUAGGCAAAGAAGCCGUUUUCAUUACUCAUAAGAGAGCUUAUAUAGGGGAGAAGCCCUAUGAGUGGAGUGAUUCUGGCUCAGACUUCAUCCAGAUGUCAAAUUUUAGUGUAUACCAGAGAUCACAAAUGGAAUUGAAGCCCUUUGAAUGCAGCGAAUGUGGAAAAUCCUUCUGUAAAAAGUCAAAAUUCAUUAUACAUCAGAGGGCUCACACAGGAGAGAAACCUUAUGAAUGUAAUGUAUGUGGGAAAUCCUUCAGCCAAAAAGGGACCCUCACUGUUCAUCGGAGAUCACACUUAGAGGAGAAGCCCUAUAAAUGUAAUGAGUGUGGGAAAACCUUCUGUCAGAAGUUACAUCUCACUCAACACCUGAGGACUCAUUCAGGCGAGAAACCCUAUGAAUGUAAUGAAUGUGGGAAAACCUUCUGCCAAAAGACACAUCUCACCUUACACCAGAGAAAUCAUUCAGGAGAGAGACCCUAUCCAUGUAACGAGUGUGGGAAAUCCUUUUCACGCAAGUCAGCCCUCAGUGACCAUCAGAGAACGCACACAGGAGAGAAACUUUAUAAAUGUAAUGAGUGUGGGAAAUCCUACUACCGAAAGUCUACCCUCAUUACACAUCAGAGAACUCACACAGGAGAGAAACCCUAUCAGUGUAGUGAAUGUGGGAAAUUCUUUUCUCGGGUGUCAUACCUCACUAUCCAUUAUAGAAGUCAUUUAGAGGAGAAGCCCUAUGAAUGUAAUGAAUGUGGCAAGACCUUCAAUCUAAAUUCGGCCUUCAUUAGACAUCGGAAAGUUCACACAGAUGAGAAACCCCACGAAUGUAGUGAGUGUGGAAAGUUGUCAUAUCUCACUGACCAUCACACAGCCCCUUUAGGAGAGAAACCCUAUGAAUGUAGUGAGUGUGGAAAAACCUUCCUUGAAAAUUCAGCCUUCAGUGGGCUCCAGUCACUUCCCAAAGGAGAGAAAUCCUAUGAGUGUAAUAUAUGUGGAAAAUUGUUUUCUGAGUUGUCAUACUAUACAGUACAUUAUAGGAGUCAUUCAGAAGAGAAGCCCUAUGGAUGUAAUGAAUGUGGGAAAACCUUCUCCCACAACUCAUCCCUCUUUAGACAUCAAAGAGUACACACAGGAGAGAAACCCUACGAGUGUUAUGAAUGUGGGAAGUUUUUCUCUCAGAAGUCUUAUCUCACUAUACAUCAUAGAAUUCAUUCAGGAGAGAAGCCCUACGAGUGCAGUAAGUGUGGAAAAGUUUUCUCUCGGAUGUCAAACCUCACCGUACACUAUAGAAGCCAUUCAGGAGAGAAGCCCUAUGAAUGUAACGAAUGUGGGAAAGUCUUUUCUCAGAAGUCAUACCUCACUGUACAUUAUAGGACUCAUUCAGGAGAGAAGCCCUAUGAAUGUAAUGAAUGUGGGAAAAAAUUCCACCACAGAUCAGCUUUCAAUAGCCAUCAAAGAAUUCACAGGAGAGGGAAUAUGAACGUACUUGACGUGGGAAGUCUUCUCUGACGUCAAAUCUCAUUUUAGAAAACCCUCUGCACAUAAUGAGUAUGGGAAAUCCAGUUGGGAGUCACAUAUCACUGAGAGUUCAUGUGAGGCAAAGCAUUUAGGCAUUAGAUUGAGUUUAAUCUGAUUUUUCACAGAGGAGUAGCCCUAAAAGUGCAGCAAGAAGCAAAGCCUUUAGGAAGACCCUACAACUUGUUGGACACUAGACAAUUUAUACAAGAGUGAAACUAUAUAAAUAUUUAAUAUUUAUUUUGGAUUCCAAUUAUAUUUACAUAUCAGGGAAUCAUGCCAAGUCAAAAUCUAUCAAGGUGAUGAAUGUGGAAACAUGUUUUGAAAAUUAUUAUACCAAAAGCCAUAUUUCUGAUAUAAAAUCAAAUGUUUAUAAGAAAGGUAUCAGAAGCUGUUAGCUCCGAAAUAAACCCUCAUUGCAGACAAUGAAGUUUUAAAAUCUUUGGGAGUCCAUAAUGAGGACAGUAGCAUUAAGUACAUAUAUGGCAAUUUCUUUCAUGUUUCAAAAUGUGGUUGACAGUACUUCUAUGCAAUUCUAUGCAAGUUUGGAUUUGAAUGAUUUUUGAAAAGGCAGUAUUCUUGAGUAUUAAGAUGGCAAAACAUUAAUGUAGAAUAUAUUGUUGGUGAGUUGUUUGAUAAGUACAAAAUAGUACAUAAUUUUAUAUUUAGAGGCAUUUACAAAUGAGUUUUUAGUGAGUGCUUCAUCAGUAGAGGAGCCAGUGACCUUUGUGAAGUUUCCAACUGCAUUUGAGCAAAAAUAUUUUUAAAAUGCUAUUUUCAUAAACUAUGCAUAGAUCAUAGUCGGUUCAGUGAAGGACAGCUCUACUGCUCAUACUCUAUAAGAUAUGUCCAGCUCUCCUGCCACUCAUUUUUAACCCAUAGGUUUAAGUGUGCACUCUGCCACUGUCAUGUAAUUCAGAAAUCUUAUUUGUGCUUUUAUUUGAUUUGAAUACAGUGUCAUUAUUUUGUACACUGCCUCUUAUUCCCAAUAUUUUGGAACAAAUUGUAAAUACAAGUUUCUAGCAGACAUUUUCAGUUGAUUAACUCUGAUGUCCUUUCUCCCUGAUUACUUGCUGUAAGAGUUCAGGUAUCUACCAUUUCUUCACAUGACACAGAGGGUAAAUCCUGAGUAAUCUAAAACCAAUCAUGAUAAUUUCAUUCUAAUUGCCAGAAACCCAUUUAUAGUGGUUACACGACCAGUUCCCUGAACCGAAAAAACAAAUGUGUUCUGGAUUCUGGAAAAAAGAUAGAUAAAAACAGUGAUCAAAUGGAUCUUACUCCAGGAAUGUGAGAGUAUUUUAAUAAUAAAAUGCCAAUCACUGUAACAUA